AUGAAAUGCAGUGAUUGUGGUCGAUCUGGUGAUUAUACGUUCAAAGUUACAAAACGUCUUGGUUUGUCUUACUAUGUAUCGUUCACAUGUGAAUGUGGUGAUGUUCUUCGUUUCGUUACUGGUACAAGAAUAAGAACGGACACGUCUACUCAAAUGACGGAUCUCAAUAUGACGAGUAUCAUCGGAGGUUCAUUAGUUGGUUUACACAGAAGAGGACUGACGAAACUGUUUGGAACUAUGGGUAUUCUGCCACCAGUUCAAAUCGAGAGCUAUAAAAAAUACGAAAAAUUCCUCUGUGACACAGCCGAACAUGUAGUGACGAAAAGUAUGCAAGAUGGUGCACAAGAGGCAUGUACCCAUUUUCAAAGUAAGGAUAUUUGCGUCAGUGUCGAUGGGACUUGGCUUACUCAGGGCUUUAGCAGUUUGCAUGGUAUAGGUACAUGCUGUAGUGCUGCGGAUCCACCAAAAGUCUUGGAUCACCAGCUGUUGAGUCGACAUUGCUCGAAAUGUGCCGGAUUAGUAGGCGUAAAGACAUCAGAUGGAGAAUUGUAUGACAAGCUAUUGACCGAACACCUGAAGCGUGGCUGUGAGGCGAACUACCAAGGUUCAAGUGGUGGUAUGGAGGGAACAGCUGUCGUACAAAUACUCAAACGAUCCAUACAGAAACAUGGCCUUCAAUACACGUCAUUCAUCGCCGACGGUGACACGAAAAACGACGUAUCCGUCAGCGAAACAGAACCAUACGGUCCUGGGAUCAUAAUUGAGCGAAAACACUGCAUAAAUCACUACUCUAAACGUAUGAAGACCCGUCUAUCGACAAUAAAAAAGCAACAUGGCAGCAACCGUUUACCUGAUCGAAAGACUAUUGGAGGAAAAGGUAGAUUAGAUGACUCAAAAAUAUAUCGAGCUCAGGUUUACUUUGGAAAUGCGGUUCGAGAAAAUGUUCAAGACUUGAAAUCAAUGCAAGUCGCAAGUUGGUCCGCAUGGUAUCAUUUUGCUAGCUCCGAUAAACACCCAAAUCAUGAUUUCUGUAAUCCAGAUCGUUGCGGAUUAUAUUUAGAUUAUAAUUACCAACAUCAGGAACAUAGUCUACCUCCACGUAUUUGUGAAGCAAUUCAUCCAGCGUAUGUUGAGCUAUGCUCCGAAAAGUCACUCCUACAGGUGCUGCCAGCACCUGUAGGAUUCGUUGGCAUUUUUUUUUGCGCCAGUCGGAAUGGGGGCCCCACAAAAUCCCACGCAACCGAGUGGU